AUGGAGGGUACUCGUAGUGGUCCGGGCUGUGGACGUGGAGUUAGACAACCUGCGACUGAAGGGGGUAGUCGUGAAACCAUGCCUGAACUAAAUCCUGAGCCUAGAAUUGACCCUAAUGUCCAAGUAGCCGCUGCUAUUCAACGAAUGACUGACUUGUUGGCCCACGUAGUGGAACAACAGGGCCAACCCCCUGUUCAUCAACAUGGUAACCCUGGCAAUCAUCUAGAGGGUGAGGACAGAGCUCUCGAAAGGUUCCAAAAGUUCUCCCCACCAAAAUUUCUGGGAGGGCUAGAUCCAGACAUGGCCGAAAGGUGGUUGGAGAAAAUGAUAGAUAUAUUUGCGGUCUUACACUAUAGUGAGGAGAGGCAGGUCACUUUUGCUAUCUUCCAAUUGGAGAGGGCCGCUCGUUCUUGGUGGAAUGUGAUACGGACGAAGUGGAAAAGAGAACAAACACCAAGAACGUGGGUAAAUUUCAUGAGAGAAUUCAAUGCAAAGUACUUUCCGCCUUUGGUUCAGGAAAAGAAGGAGGACGAGUUCAUAAGGUUUCGCCAGGGAACUCAAACGGUGGCCGAGUAUGAGAACCAAUUUACGAGACUGUCCAAGUUUGCCCCUGAACUUAUUGUAACUGAACAAAGGAGGGUGUGGCGAUUUAUCCAAGGGUUAAAUGUGAAAAUUCAAAAGGAUCUGGCGGUGAGGAAACGGGGAUUUCCUGGAAGUAGUUCUGGGCAAGGGGAUAAAGGUAAUCCUUCCAAGGUUGGAAGGGGGACCGGAGGAGGAAGAUUUUCGGGAAUGUCAAGAGGAACCUCGACCAGGGGUGGUCCAGUUAGACGAGACCAACAGAGGAGUGACUCACAGAGGAGCUCAGCUUCUGUUUCUCGGGGUCCUUGUGGAUUUUGUGGGAAACCAAACUACACGGAGGACAACUGUUGGAGGAAGGAAAGGAAGUGCUUGCGCUGUGGGAGUGCGGAGCAUCAAAUUGCAAGCUGUCCAAUUUUACCUCGAGAGGCGAGAGUAACUCCGCAAUCGUCGAAGGCCAACUCGGGGCAAUCUAAGGUGGAAGGGACGAGACCAAAUGUGCCAGCUCGGGUAUAUUCCCUUGAACAACAUCAAGUCCCUGACUCAUCUGAGAUCGUGGAAGGUACGAUCCCUGUCUUCCAUCGUCUAGUUAGGAUUUUGAUAGACCUCGGUGCCACCCAUUCCUUUGUUAACCCUGAUUUUAUGUGCAGAAUUGAUAUAAAACCUGUUAGCUUGCCUUACGACUUGGAAGUUAGUACUCCUAAGGGAAACCAAUGUUUGAUCACAAGUAUGAUGUAUGCUGAUUGUGAAAUUUGGGUAGGAGAGAGGAAGCUAUUGGGGAAUCUUAUAAGCUUAACUAUUCAGGGGUAUGACGUUAUUUUGGGAAUGGACUGGUUAGCUAAAUAUGAAACCUAA